UAUAUGAUUAUAUACCUGCAUUAGUACACGAAAAUGGUUUCCAGUGGCGUAACAUAGCUGCUUAAUUUUACAAUAUUUAAAAUGUGAUUAAAUAUCUAGUGUAUAUUUUUUUUUUUGUGAAUAAGUAACAAAUACGCAAUGGAAAUUUUGAAGUCUCCUUUACAGUGUCAGAUUUUUGUCGUAACUGGCGUAUUGAGCACAAUUGUCAGUUGCGGCUUAGGACUCGGAUAUCUAUCCAUUUUUUUAGAACAAAAUGGUGCUGAUAACAUCAACAGCUUCCGUUCAAACAGCAAGUUACUUGGAUAUAUUGAGACCGCUGGAGAGAUAGCGUUUUUACCAUCAAUUGUAAUAAUACCUAUAGUAAUGCAGAAAAAAGGAAGGCGGCUAGCUAGCAUCGUAACAACAAUACCGCUCUUGAUCAGUUGGCUGAUAAGUUUCAAUGCUAAAAAUUUUAUAAGCGUACUCUGCGUCAAUAUAUUGAAUAAUAUAUCUUUGGGAGGGGCUGUUACAAUAAGUAGCAUUAUCAUUUCAGAAUUCUGCGAUCCCAAAUAUCGAGGUAUAUUCUUGAUGUUGGAAACUGGAAUGAUAUCACUUGGAGUAUUAUUGAGUCAUAUUUUUGGCAUAUUUUUGCAUUGGACACUGGUUUCUUCUUUGGGAGUUAUAACGGCAUUGAUAAGUUUAAUUACUACAUAUUUUUGGCCAGAAAGUCCGUACUGGUUGAUUAGUCAAGGCCACAUUUUAAAAGGUACGGAAGUCUUUCAAACAUUAAGAGGGACUGCUGAAGAAUCGAUGGAGGAAUUGGAAAUUCUACUUAUAACUCAAAAAAGAAAACUGCAACUAAACGCUUUAAAACCCAUGAAAGUAAUAAACUUACGAGAAAAGGUUACAAAUUAUCUCAAAUCUUUAUUAAAAGCUGACUUUCUAAAACCACUUUCUAUAAUGAUAUUGUUAUUCAGUUUUAUUGGGUUCGGAGGUGAAAACAUAAUGUCCAAUUAUAAACUUACUGAUGUUUUUAAUCUAACAAAUGGUAAAUAUAUUGGAACCAUAAUUUUAGAUGUAUUAACAUUAGUUUGCUCUUUAACAGCUUGUGUAUUAAUUCAGAUAGUGAAAAGAAAAACUUUAUUCCUAUUUACAAGUUCUUUUUCUAUAAUAUUUUUAGGAUUUACCUCCAUUCUUUUAUUCUUGCAAUCAUUUGAGAUAUUUUCAAAAGACUAUCUGUGGAUUGUUUUGUCUUUAGUCACUGGGUUUGUGAUGUUUAUGUCUUUGGGAACAACAGCCUUGCCUUUUUCUUUAUUAGGUGAGAUAUUUCCUAUGUCUUACAAAGGAGUGGGUAGUUCUCUUACAUGCGCAUAUUUGUGGGCAUUUGGUAAUACUAUUAUAAAAUCAGCUCCAUUUGUAACCAAUUCGAUAGGAGUUCAUGGUAUGAUGUUACUAUCAAUCUUGAUGAUGAUUUUAAUUCUGAUAUUAAUAAAUAAGAUUAUGCCAGAAACAAAUGCGAAAACUUUAUUAGAAAUACAACAGCUAAUGAAAUUAACUAAAGAUGGAGACUAUGAAGUUACCAGCCUUACACAUGAGCUAGAGGAAAGCGAAAACUUUGAUAGGCUACAGUUAUUUAUAGAAGUAUGAUCCCAUGUAAUUUUGGUUAUUUUGACAAAAUGUUGCAAAUAUGAUAAUAUUAUUAGUUAACAUAACUUUCAAAGUAACUACAUGAAUAAUUACAUUAUUGAAUUUUAUUAAAUUUCUGAACUUUGGAUAUAUGUUUUGUACAUUAAAUAUAUUAGUAGUUACCUAAUACUUUACAUGUAGUUACUUCAUUAUUUAUCUAAAAAAUUAAGUCUUAUAUUAUAGAGGUUUUUCAUUAUUAAAAAGAUAUUGUUUUAA